AACCAUUAUUCACUAACGAUAUCAAUAUAAAUUCUGAAUAAACCAUUACUAACACCAUUACAUAUGUCUGAUGUGUCGUUACUGGUGUUGAAAACUGGACUCCAUUUUUAUUAAUAAGAAAUAAGUGUCCAAUUAGGAAUCAUACCCAAAGUAUGAGGACCAAAAAAUUAAAAAUAUAUCCUUUGGAAACCGUGCCACGUAAGGAAAUAAAUGUAUGUAUUAAGCAAACACAUCCAUACUUAUCUCCAAAGAUCUUCUGUUUUGUUUUCAGUUUCGACAUUGUUUCACGAUUCUUCUCGGGUUUUGUUUUGUUGAUUGAGAAAAAAAUGGGAGGUGACGAAGACAGAGAGAAAGGGUUUUAUGGGUAUCCACCCGCUGGAUACCCGCCGGGUCCUGGGGCUUAUCCACCAGCUGGAUACCCACCACACCAAGCUUACCCUCCACCACCACCUGGUGCCUACCCACCUCCUCCAGGUUAUCCUCCGGGUGCAUACCCGCCUCCACCUGGUGCCUACCCUCCAGCUCCUGGUUACGGAGGUUAUCCUCCUGCGCCUGGGCAUGGUGGUUACCCUCCUGCUGGCUAUCCUGCUCAUCACUCAGGACACGGAGCUGGAAUUGGGGGUAUGAUUGCAGGUGCUGCAGCUGCAUAUGGAGCUCACCACAUAGCUCAUAGCUCUCACGCUCCUUACGGGCACGCUGCAUAUGGUCACGGUUUUGGACAUGGUGGUCAUGGCUAUGGUUAUGGUUAUGGCCAUGGUAAGUUCAAGCACGGGAAGUUCAAGCAUCAUGGAGGCAAACAUGGGAGGCAUGGGAUGUUUGGAGGAGGUAAGUUCAAGAAGUGGAAGUGAUCUAAAAACCCCUUUUUAUCUAUCUCUCGCCGAUUGAGGCUUUAAUAAUGAUUAUGAUAUUACAUGAUGUAGUAUGAAGCUAUCUAUGGUUUUAUGAUGACAGAUUCUGUUUUUUUUUUCAUAUAUUAAACCCUUGUAUAUAUGGGUUUUGACAUUGCUUAAACGGUUGUAGAAGGCAUGGUAAUGAUCAAGAUGAUCUAAAUACUAGUUUCUGAAUUCUUUACCCAUCUUAUGGGUGUAUUCAACCAAACAUGUAAAUUAUUUGAUGUUGAUAACUAGAUGAUUUUGGGUGAUUUUGGAGAGAGAAAAACGUUGUUAUGUUUGAUUGAAUACACCUUUAAAAGGACAAAUGUGAGUUUAAAAUGGGUUGAUCAAGUAAAGUUGGUUCAUCGCAAUAAAAAGUGUCAUUUAGAGAAAAAUAUCGC